UUGACAAAACAUGAAAAUUAUCACCAGUUACUUUGCCAGGUAACUAAUUACUCUUACAUUCAGGUACCUGAGUCACGAACCCAAUUAAGUUUUUGGAGAAGUAAUUUUUAAUACUUUUUUAAAGUAACAUUAACAACACUGGUGAUACCAAAAACUGACCAAUAAGUCAUUAUAUAGUUCUUGUCUUACUUACUACAUUUGAAUCAUUCAAUGGCGUUCAACUUAAUAGUACUGUACCAUGAUAAUUUACUGCUAUUGAGUUAGAUUUAAUAUAAAUAAGGGGGGAAAUAAACCUUACUGAAUUUGAUAUUGCCAAGAAAAGCUUCCGGUUCAGUCAGCCAGUCAAAGUGGGACGUAUCGGUCCAGUCCGGUCCAGACGUCUGAGUACUUCCAGAUGAUACGGCGCUGCAGAAACUCCGUGAGGAGAUAUCUUUUGAUGGCGACCAAUGUGCUGCUGCUUGUUUGGCUGUUUUUCGGCCUCUGCGCCACCCUACACCCUCGCUCAGAUUUAUACCCGCCGACAUCGCAUCCCAAGCGGUUUCCUCGCUGGCUGCCGGCGGCUUCCUUGACACAUUCUGUGGAGGACGUGAAGCUUCUGUUUGAGAUGCUGCUGUCUGGAAUGGAGAUCCGAGAGCCGCUCCACAUCCAUGAUGCUGAGCUGGCAUCCUUGCGGCGCGCACGCUCGUUGGGGAGCGUCUGCGACAACUUUGUUCCUAAAAGCCUCACUGAGGUGUCGCGUCUGUCUGCCCGGCUGGAUGGACUGCGCCGGCCUCUGAGCAUACCGGACUUUCAGAAGACCGUCUUGACACUGGUGCACGCCACUCAGACAGCAGCAGGUGCCGACGGGCACGAGAGCCGGGUGGCCUGGGCUGCGACCGUCGCUCGCCUCUUUACGGCCCUUCGGAAGGACCUCCAAAUUUAAACGUGUCGAAUGGGUGUUGCUGCUGUGAAGAGUAACUAAAACCUCUUUUCUAUGUGUAAGUUGAUCAUUCUUAACAUCAUCCUGUGCACUUCUAACUAGUGGCUGAUGCACAUCUUUGUAUCUUGUAAACCCGGCUUCUGUUCUUCUGUUGUGACCGAUGUGCCAAACCAACUUUAUUUUCCGUAUUGAUGACUCGGCAGUUUGCGGCAGCGCGCCAAAGACCGAUUAGGGAGGAAAUGAAAAGAGGAGACAGGAAUUUCCUGUCUUUGCAAAGAUAGCGUAUUAUGAAAAUUUGAGGAAUAUUAAUGUGGCGUAAAUGAUAUUCUUGACUGCUCCAGCUUGUGGAAAUAUUGUUCUGCAUAUUUGUCAUGUUUGGGGCAUGAUGCUGUACUUGUGGGAUGACUGACUGAGGAGCAAAGUUGACAGUCUCAGUUUUGAAAUGUAAAAUUGUGAUCUCAUGCUUGCUGGUAGGUUUGUGUCAUCCAUAUAAUAGCGUGGAGACAGCUCCCUCAUGUGGCUCCUCAUGCAAAUGGCCUCCAAAAAUAACAUUUUAAUUUUUCAUACUGUUUAACUCGUGAAUAUAUUUUACAUCUUUAUUGGUCGUCUUAAGUAUACUGUAGUAUAUGCUAAUCAUUUUCUAAUAGUGUCUUUAAAUGAUCUUACUCACAGCACUUUAGUACAACCAAUAUAACCAUAAAGUAUGCAUUAAUCAUAAAACUUCUGAUUUAAUAGUCUGAAAACGGCCUUCUGAUCAUGUGUUUGACUCUUAAUAGAGCAAAUGUCCACUAGGGGGCAGCACUUCCCAAUGGAGUCUAUGAUCAGGUCACUUUCCACUCUCGAGUAAUGUCAUUAAUGGCGUACCGCAAGCUACACGUCACUUCUGCUCAUUAAUAUUCAUGACAUAAGCUACUGUUGCUAAGUAGGGACAAGCCACCGGAUUGGAAAUGAAUGGAAAUCGUAUAUGAAGGAGAUGUGUACAUAGCUAAACCUCUCCGAAAAUGAUGUGCCUGGUGCCAAAUUCACUGGCAAAGAUGUGGAAGAACAUAAAAAUGUUCAGUUAAAGAGAUGGCUUGAGUGUCGAAGGCUGAAAAAGACGGGGAAAAAAACGAGCCGACCUAAGCAUAGCCUUAGCUUUUUUAUGGACACGACUGACAAUGACAUUCACCCGUUUCAACAAGCUAUCCUUUACCAUCAGCCCUGUCUGUCUUAUAUAUCCUCUGGUUGUCCUACGUCUCUGACCGUUCUUGGGGGUAAUUUAGUUAGCUUUGUGUAGCGAUCGCAAAUGCUACUCAGUGACAGCCAACGAACACUUUUAAUUUUUUUAUUGAUAACAAAUCUUAAUUCUAUAAUUUAUUUACACUUCACCUUUACUAUAUAUAUAUAUUAGGCCUGAACGAGAUUGGGGGAAAAAACUAAUGCUGCGAUUUUUGGGGGGGUUUACGAUAUUAUUUUGCGAUAUUAAAAAAAAAUUUUUUUUUUAAAAGAAAUUUUCACUAGAUGACUUGAAUAGCUGUUUGGAGAGACUUUGGAUGACUCACAAUGACCAGUGUACAGUGAUCCCUCGUUUUUCACGGUUAAUGGGG